ACCAAAUUCCACAAAGGAUCAUCUCAGCGCUGUACAGAACCAGCGGCCGGACCAAUCACGAUCCUGAAUUCCUCUUUGCACAGCAAUGAAAGUAAGACGAGCAGGAGACCCUCAAAGAAAGUAUGAAGAACAGAUUUAUGGAUUUAGGAUAUGAAAUCCCGAGGGUUCUUCAGACCAGUUGGACAUGUGCAGACAUCCUGUGUGCAGAACUUAGUCAAGCUUUUGCUUCUCCUACCUUGGCAUUUACUACAUCUUGCAGUUACCAUAUGGUAUUUUGGUCUGGAUAUAGCUCAUAUGCUGCAAGGCUAUCUUAUCUCAAGUGGGUUAUUGAGGAAUUAUAAAGUACAAAAUCUAAGUAGCCUUCGAUACCUGGCCAUUGUGGUAGACAGUGAAGAAGCUCAUCACACUUCAUGGGUUGUUGAGCUCUUGAACUGGUUGUUAGCUAUAGGUGUGAAGCAUGUCUGCCUUUACGAUAUGGAAGGGGUGCUGAAGGAAUCAAAGGAGAUUAUAUUGAAGAAAUUGGAUGAUGCAAGGCCAUGGGAGGAGGUAGCUGAUGAAAGGAGCUUGUAUAUGGAAAGAAAACAUAUGGUUUUGGAAUUUCUUUCCUUCUCUGACGGGAAAGAAGGGGUCGCUAAAGCAGCUAGCUUUCUUUGUUCUAAGUAUUUAAAAGGUGGUAGUGGAGGUGAAGAUCAGGAGCCAGUCUUCACAGAACCUGAAAUGACCAGUGCACUGAGAGCCGUUGGCUGUGGGGGGCCAGAACCUGACCUUCUUCUAGUAUAUGGGCCUGGAAGGUGCCACCUUGGAUUCCCAGCAUGGAGAUUGCGGUACACAGAGAUUGUGCAUAUGGGAUCGCUGAAAUCGAUGAAUUAUGGUGCCAUGAUAAAAUCCAUUUGUAAGUUCACAAUGGUACACCAGAACUACGGUUCAUGAGGUGAGUGCUGCUAAUGGUGCAUUCAAGAAAUGC